UGCCUGAUCCGACUUUAUCUGUCUAAUAUUUUCCUCCAGACUUUUUUUAUCGUUGGGAUCGGAACAAUGCCUUACUACAGAGACGAAGACGCCGUUGAUGACUUCGACGAGUACGAUCCGACGCCGUAUGGUGGCGGAUACGACAUUCACCUCACCUAUGGUCGUCCCAUCCCUCCUUGCGAAGAGACAUGUUACCCUCCUUUGACUGAUGAUUUUGACUACGAUCGCCCCCAGUUCUCCUCCCGCAGUGAGCCCUCUGCUUACGCCGACGAGGCUCUUGACGUCGAGUACAGCAGCUACGCCCGCCACAAGCCCCGUCCUGGACCAGCCUAUGGCUUCAACCCUGGUGGGGGCCACCCUCAGGGAGAGAGACCUGAGCCGGCUUAUGGGUUUCAGCCUGAGGCACACUACGGAUCGGAGAGGCCUGGAUCUGAAUACGGGUCUGGGCAUGGCGGGAAGAGUGAGUAUGACCAGCCGGAAUACGGAUCUGGGUACGGUCGAAAGCCCGAACCUGAAUCGGAAUAUGGAUCUGGGUAUGGCAGAAAGCCGGAACCUGAAUCUGAAUAUGGGUCUGGGUAUGGAAGACAGCCGGAACCUGUAUCGGAAUACGGGUCUGGGUAUGGCAGGCAGCCGGAACCCGUAUCGGAAUACGGGUCUGGGUAUGGCAGACAGCCUGAACCCGUAUCGGAAUACGGGUCUGGGUAUGUCAGACAGCCGGAACCCGUAUCGGAAUACGGAUCUGGGUAUGGCCGGAGACCUGAAUCGGAGGAACCCAGUUCUGAAUAUGGAUCAGGGUAUGGUCGCAAGACGGAAAAUGAGAGUUCCGGCUAUGGAGCGUCUGAGUAUGUGAAGCCCUCUUAUGGGGAUGAGUCACCAAAGAGGCCAAGCUAUGGGAAGCCAAGUUACGAGAGCCAAGAAGGAGAAGGAGAAUACGGGAGACCAAGUUAUGGGCGGUCUGAGGAAGAGGGUUAUCGUAAGCCUAGUUAUGAGAGGCGUGAUGAUGAUGAGGAUCGUCCCAAGUACGGCUACGGCGAGGAGAGUCAUGGUCGCAAGAAAUAUGGGGGUGAUGGCUCUGAUGAUGAUGAAGAGAAGAGGCAGUCUCGCUAUAAGCAUGGUUCUGAUGAUGAUGAAGAGAAGAAGCAGUCUCGCUAUAAGCAAGGCUCUGAUGAUGAAGAAGAGAAUAAGCACCCUCGCUAUAAGCACCACCACCACCACCACAAGAGCUACGACGACGAGUGAUCUGGAUGCUUGUCGUUCAUUGAACUGGAGUCACGCCAUAUAUAGCUACUAAAUAAAGGGUUGUGGCGUGUCUUUCGUGUUUUUGAGUAUCCUAAAACUCUUGAAAACUAUGCUCAUAGAAUGUUCUGCGUGUUUGUGUUUAUGCUUUUAAUAAUACACCAGUGUUGGCUUGUCUUAUUACAUGCAUUUCUCGUGGUUGUUAUGGCCAUUUAGCUUGUCUCACCAUUUGGCCAUCAUCAAGAACUCUGGCAUUGGUUUGCUAUUUUAGAAUGAAUGCCUUUAUAUGUCUUA